AUGAGUUACCAACUUCAACCAAAGCCUCUCCAAUUAUAUUAUUAUUUGCCUUACAUUCAUCAACUAGCUAUACCGAUGGUCCCUCAAUACCCAAUCUGCAAUUUUCCUUAAUAAAUGAGUUCAAUUUAUUACCCAGCAGUUCCAGGAACUUCCUAAGAUAAUUGUAUUGUAAUCGAAGAUGAUAAUAUGUAGCCCCCACUGAACUAAAUUCACUCUAUGAUGAUACAAACAUAUACCAAUAGAGAAUCGAUCGUUCUCCAAGAUUAGGCGAUGCAACAGGAACAACCAGUAGAAAAAAUAACUCCUCAAACCAACAAUUUGAAUGAGAAUGAUCCUCACAUCCGAAUUACUGUCUAUAAAUAACAUUCAAGUUAAACUGACUCAGAAUUUAUACUUUAAAAUGAUAGGUAUUAAAUGAGAUUAACACUUAGGAUUUUGGGAUCCCAAUACAAAAAAGAAAUAAUUAUUGGUAGAAAAAGGCAGUAAGAAGACAAACAAGACACUUGUGAUAUCUAUUUACCACAUGGUGACAAGAAUGUUGAAAAAGUUCACUGCAAAAUUUUAACUGAUAAAGGCUUCACCUUCUCAAACACUCUCACUCAACCUCUCAUACUAUUCUUUUCUCUUUUUAGGAAUAAUCCACAUGCAUCAAAACUACCUUUUUAAGUUAUUAAGCAUAUUUAUUCUUUUAUCAAAAAUAAACCUUAAUUUUAUAUCAGUGACAACAGUACCAGAAGUGGUACUUUUAUGAAAAUAAAGAAGGACAAACUUAGAAGCAUCGAAUAAGACAAUACUUAUUUGAUAGGUGCAGACACUUUUUUCCACGUUUUGGAGUUGAAAUCAAAACCUAAACAAAACAAAGCUAAGAAGGUGAAAGAACAAAGUUAUUUCUAUAAUGCUCUUGCAAAGGAACAAACAAGAAAAGGAGCUAAGAUUCAUGGACUUACAUUGGAGGAAACUGAAAUGUUGAAUGUCGCCAUGAAUGACAUGAAGACGACCAAAUAAAAACAAAGAACUUCACAUAAACUAAGCGAAUACGAUAGACCCUAUUUAAAAAUUACAUUCGAAAAUUAAGCAAUUCAUUAAAUAUAAACUCAUAUUUUUGUUGCUAACUACAAUUAAGAAUCUGUGUAUAAGAUUGGAAGAUCCCAAGAAUGUGAUGUUUUAGUUAAUAUCAACACUGUCUCAAGAAGACAAGCAUAAAUUAUUUAUAAAAAUAAUGAAUGGCUCAUUCAUGAUGGAGAAGGAUUGAGAGAGUCAGCCAACGGAACUUGGCAAUCACUUCAAAACUUUAUUCAUAAAAAUCAUGAAAAAAAAUGUUAAUAAAGCAGACUUUAACUCAUCGAAGAUUAAAUGGAAAUCAAAAUAAGUGAGAACAUUGUCAAAUUUGAUUUUGUGAACUUUGGUACCACAAAGAGACGCAAACUUAAUAAAGUUUUAAUUCAAGAUCUACUUAAUCUAUAGUGAUUAAAUAUAUUGUAAUAAAGAAUAAAUUAUAUUUCAUUUUU